GCAAAUAGAGGGGUGAUGCAGGCAGGGGAAUGGGCUGGCCGAGUGAGACCACCGGACAGCGCUACCCGAGCGCUGUUGCCUGGAGACCGCGAGGACGCGUUGCCUGGAGACCGCGGGGACGCGUUGCCUGGAGACCGCGGGGACGCGUUGCCUGGAGACAGCGGAAGCUCCAGGACGCAGGUAAAGGCGAGAGGGCACCGGGCAGCCCAAGGCCAUGGCAGGACAACCAAGCGAGAAGUUCAUACAGUCACCAGGAAGCCCAUGUCUUGGCAUGAUAACCUGGAGGAACCUGCAGAUGCCAGGUUUCUGAAUCUCAUUCACCAUGCUGCCCAGGGACCAAGGAAGAAGUACCCAGAGACACAGACUGAAAACCAGGAAGUUGGAUGGUACUUAGAGCCCUUGGUCAACCCAGAACGCCAUGACCGCAGGCUGAAUCACUUCAGGGUCUGCAGUGACAUCAUUCUGUACAAAGCAAAAAUGUGGGGCUUCCGAGAAGAUGAUCGCCACAAGUAGCAUCCCAGCUGAGGAGCCCAUCUGUGGAUCUAACGCCCUAAGUGUGCACAGCCCAGAGAAAUAAAAUAUUACUUUAAA